AUGUCACAUGUUUUCGAAGACCUGGCUGGCGCUGGGGACCUGACCAGCUCGGCCGAGGAUCAGCGCUGGGAGACACUAGCAGUUGCCAUGACAACAGGCAACGGCGUCGGGUGUGCCGAGGUCGCCAAUCUGGACUUUGAAGCUCGUGUCCCGGUCCCCUUCAGCGUCUUCCCGUCUUCAUACAGGGAGUCCGAGACCGCCACCCAGACCACCACCCACGAAGAGGUUGAGAUCAAGCUCCCCCAGCACGCCGGACGGGAAGGUCAACACUCUUCUUCAUUUCAAGCCCAAGCACAUCUUCCUCCACGUGGAGAGGGUCGCUUCAGAGAGGAAGAGGUCCGCAUCACUCGUGAAGAAGAGGAAUACCGCCGUCCCGGCAUCCGCGACGAGUACGUUGAGCGUGACGACUACCGCAGACCCAAGUCCACCUACUCGGAGACUCGCAUCGAGGUCGAUACCACCCACCGCGCUCACAACACUGCCAUUGACGUUGCUGAGAGCGAGUAUCGUUCCCGCUUCCAGCCCAACUACCGCAAGGAGUUCUCCGUGACCGGCUCGACUGUCGACGGUCCCGGCUACAACCCCACCCACAAGACCAGCACCCACGUCGACGAGUACACCGUCGACGGUCCCAGGUCCCGCCCCGUUUACAAGGAGUCCGUCGAGGUCACCGGUACGACCGUUGACCCUCCUGCUCCUCGUUCCACCUAUCACGAGAAGGUAGACAUCGUCGAAGAGACGGUCGAAGUUCCUCGUUACCCCAAGGCUCAACCCAAGAAAUCCAAGAUGGGCUACUACGACGAGGACGGCCACUACCACUCUUUCCGUCGGGGAUUGCACAAGUUGGCUGACCGUAUUGCGCACCCCGAAGCCCACGAGCGCAUUGAGGUCGACGAGGUCCGCGAGGUCCGUCGCCCGCGCGGUUCGUCGGAGGCGCCGGCCGCCCCCAACACGGUGACCAUCCCCUGCCACCACAUCCGCCUCGGCGACAUCCUCAUCCUCCAGGGCCGCCCGUGCCAGGUCAUCCGCAUCUCGACCUCGGCUGCUACCGGCCAGCACCGCUACCUCGGUGUCGACCUCUUCACCAAGCAGCUCCAUGAGGAGUCGUCCUUCGUGUCGAACCCGGCGCCCAGCGUCGUGGUCCAGACCAUGCUCGGCCCCGUCUUCAAGCAGUACCGCGUCCUGGACAUGCAGGAUGGCACCAUCGUCGCCAUGACCGAGACGGGUGACGUCAAGCAGAACCUGCCCGUCAUCGACCAGAGCAACCUCUGGGGCCGCCUGCAGAAGGCCUUCGAGUCUGGCCGCGGCAGCGUCCGCGUCCUGGUCGUCUCCGACCACGGCCGUGAGAUGGCUGUCGACAUGAAGGUCGUCCACGGUUCCCGCCUCUAA